AUGUCGGAUUCCAUGAUGCAUCACGCUGGCUUCGAUUUUACUCCUACCAUUCACAAUGAUACCUACGACUUCAUCUCAACAAAACACCAGAACUUGCAGGGCAAGCGUGUGUUCAUCACUGGUGCCUCCAAGGGUAUCGGCAAGGAGACAGCUCUAUCUCUUGCACGCGCUGGUGUCUCUAGUAUCGCUCUUGGUGCUCGUAGUUCCCUCUCGGAUCUCGCCACCGAAGUGGAAAAGACAGCUAAGGAAGCUGGCCAUUCGGCACCCAAGGUCAUUAGCAUCAAUUUGGACGUAACAGACAGAGCAAGCACCGAGCAAGCAGCCGAGACCGUGAAGAGCGAGUUUGGUGGUCUGGACUUUCUCUUCAAUAACGCCGGAUACCUCGAGAUAUUCAAAAACUUUGCAGAAAGCGAUCCUGAUGAAUGGUGGAAAACCCAGGAAGUCAACAUCAAAGGUCCUUACCUGAUUGCUCGUGCUUUCAUUCCUGUUCUCCUGGACACGAAGGAUGGCGACAAGACCAUCAUCAACACCAGUUCUAUCGGUGCUCACAUCGUCAUGCCUGGCGCUAGCUCAUACCAGACAUCCAAACUCGCACUCCUUCGACUUGGCGAGUUUAUCCAGAUUGAAUAUGCCGACAAGGGCGUUCUUUGCUAUGGCAUUCACCCUGGCGGUGUGAUGACCGAGCUAGCCGGCAGAACACCUAAGGAAAUGCAUCACGUGCUCUCUGACCAACCUCAGCUGGCUGCUGAUACGAUCGCUUGGCUCAUCAACGAGAAGAGAGAUUGGCUGGCCGGUAGAUAUGUCAGUGUCACCUGGGACAUGAAGGAGCUUUUGGAUAAGAAGGAUGAGAUAAUCAAGAAAGAUCUGUUGAAGGUUCGCAUGGCCGUUGACUAA